GUCAGUUCAUCCCCUUCUUACUUAUCAUUUUUCUUAUUUUGUUUUAACCUCAUUUCUUACUAGUAGUGUACUAUUUUCAGGAACAGAAUUGUUCUAACAAAUUUGAAAACUAACUCAUGAUACACCGCCUCAACUAAAAUAGGGCGGUUCCUCUAAUUUCCGUUAAAUUUAUAUAUUCAAACCUAACUUAGAGGUCAGAGCAUCUCCAGCUCCCCUCGCAAAAAUAUUCCUUCCCAAAUCCCCGGCGACUCGGCGAGCACCCCUACCCUCUUCGCGGGCUUCAUGAAUCCGCCGCACCCAGAGCCGGCCCUUCCGCGCCGCCACCACCACCUGGUCCAUCUCCACCUCGACCCGCGCCACCACCACCACGUCCACAUCCACCUCUGCUGCUGCAACCACCACCACCACCACGGCGUCCACCCGCUCGCUCCCGCGCCGCCGGCCCACCUCCACGACAACCAGCAGCAGCACCCGGCUCCCGUACUAUUCCCCAGCACCUACCCGAGCGCGGCGCCCUGGCAGCCGGAGCCGCCCCGCGCCGCCGUAAGAGAGGACGUGGAGGAUUUGGAUCCCGAGCCGGAGCUGCUGCACGCGGAGGAGGAAGACGAGGAGCCGGUGUUCGUGCUUACGGACGAGUGGGCGGAGUUCUUCGCCAAAUCUGAGGCCAAGAGGAGACUGGCUAAACAGCAGAAGAAGAAGGGCCGGAAGUGAUCUGUCUGGGCCAUCAGACGUCUGGCCAGAGUCUGGAGCUCAAACGAAGAAUUUGUCAACAUAUACGCAUCGCUUUGCCAGGAGUUCAUUAUGGUUUUUCUCUUUUAUAGAGAGAAAUUUUGGGUUCACAUUGAUCUGAACGAUAUGCCAGUUCAUCAUGCCUUUUUCUUCCUUUAUAUAGAAAUUUUGAGUUCACAUGAUCUUUUUCGUCUUUCAUAUAGAAAUUUUGAGUUCACAUGAUCUGAAAUCUGUGGUGUAUCUAUUCGAACUCGGAGAAGAAAAAAAGCAAUACUACGUCUACCUUCUGUUCUUA